UUUAAGGGCUCUGCUGAAGAUUCAUUACACUUAGUUGAAGCUUUGAGCAUGGUUAUUACUGAACUGCCAUCAGAGCCUGCUAAGGCUGCUUUGGAGGAACUAUGCGCAUCAGUUGUUACUCCUUUACAGGCAGUUAUUAACCAAGGUCCAGAAGUUUUAGAUAAGAAACAUGCUCGUGAAUUAACAGUUCACAUAGAUCGAUUUGCAUAUAUCUUCCGGUAUGUAAAUCAUCCUGAAGCAGUUGCUGAUUCAGUUCACAGGCUUUGGCCAAUAUUCAAAGCCAUAUUUGAUCUUCGUGCUUGGGACAUGAGGACCAUGGAGUCUCUUUGCCGUGCUUGCAAAUAUGCUGUGAGAACUUCUGAAAGGUUUAUGGGAACAGCAAUUGGAGCAAUGCUUGAAGAAAUCCAAGGCCUGUAUCAACAACAACACCAGCCGUGCUUCCUUUAUCUCUCUAGUGAAGUUAUAAAGAUAUUUGGCUCUGAUCCUUCUUGUGCAAGCUACCUAAAAAAUAUGAUUGAAGUGCUCUUCAAGCACACAACGUCUCUUCUCACGAGUAUUAAGGAAUUCACUACAAGACCAGACAUCGCAGAUGAUUGUUUUCUACUGGCAUCAAGAUGCAUUCGUUAUUGUCCUCAAUUAUUUAUCCCUUCUGCAGUAUUUCCGGCUUUAAUAGAUUGUGCGAUGACUGGGAUCACAGUACAGCACAGAGAGGCCUCCUAUUCCGUUUUAACCUUCCUGUCUGAUAUCUUUGAUCUCGCAAAGUCUAGCAAGGGAGAACAAUAUUUAUCUAUCAGGGAUAGUCUCAUUAUUCCGCGAGGUGCUACCAUUACUAGAAUAUUGGUGGCCGCCCUAACAGGAGCACUGCCGAAUUCUCGAUUAGAAAAGGUAGCAUAUGCACUUCUAGCUUUAACUCGAGCUUACGGCAUGCAAGCUCUAGAAUGGGCUAGGAAAAGUGUGUCAUUGAUCCCAUUGACUGCUGUCAAGGACGUGGAGCGCUCGAGAUUUUUGCAAGCAUUGUCAGAGGCAACAUCCGGGGCCGAUGUGAAUAUCGUGAUGCUCCCAAUCGAAGAGUUAUCUGAUGUUUGUCGUCGUAAUCGAACAGUUCAAGAGAUUGUUCAGGGAGCGUUGAAGCCACUCGAGUUGAAUCUUGUACCUGUACUAUAGUUUGAAUAUUGGAGGGGGCUGUUUUGCUUGGGCCUCACAUCUUGUUUAUCAGGCAAACUGGAUUUUACUGGAAACCGGCAUUUUUUGGUUUUCAUUUGUUCAUUUUUGUGUCGAUCGUCAAUCGCCGGAUUCCGACCUGUUUUUAAGGUUCGGAAUCGGCAUUUCCGUUUACACCGUGGAGUGAAUGUGUUAUUUGUUGUGUCUGUUUUUUGGUUGAAGAUUUGUGGAGUUUUGAGUUGUCU